AUGGCAACUGGAGCUGGACUUGAGUCUCUUGUUGAUCAAACAAUUUCAAUCAUCACAAAUGACGGGCGAAAUAUUGUGGGUGUCCUGAAAGGUUUUGAUCAGGCUACCAACAUAAUUCUUGAUGAAUCCCAUGAACGAGUGUACUCCACCAAGGAAGGUGUACAGCAGCUUGUGUUGGGCCUCUACAUCAUAAGGGGUGAUAACAUAAGCAUAGUCGGGGAGUUGGAUGAAGAGCUAGAUGCAAGCUUGGACUUGUCAAAUCUCAGAGCUCACCCUUUGAAGCCAGUCAUCCACUGA